AUACGAUCAGGUCCGUCCUCAGUACUUGGGCGCACUGGACGCCUCAUUUUCCAAGUCGUCCACACCCACGGCGGGUCUGGUGGCGGUUUUGUCCAACACGGCCAGUGAUGGCACGUGGGUCGACGAUUACCGCUGCGUGAAUGCAAGCGUGACGAAGGCAGCGAAGGUCCACAAUGGUUUUAAAUUCACGGGGCCUGGGUCCAUGGCAACAUGGCCCGUGAACAGCCGGGAGGAUAAUAGUCACUACGGCUUUGUGAACCACGAUUUCACUCUUGUGGCGACGGUGGUCAUCCACCAGGUUCCGAAGGAAAUCACUCCUUUGCUGGGUGCAAGUCUGGGGGACGGUCCCGGCAAGAAGAUUAUUGGGCUGUCGUACGGCAUGGAUAAAACGUGGGAGACGGUGUUUGAUGGGACAACAACAGCACAGAUAAACACUUGGGAGCCUGGGAGAGAAUACGAGGUGGCGCUCGUAAUUCAGGGCGGCAACAAGGGCUCCGUGUACGUGGAUGGUGAGCUUGUGGGGAGCUCGGAAGCGAUACCAACACUUGAGACGCGUGGGGCUGAAAUCACUCAUUUCUACUUUGGGGGUGAUGAGGGAGACAGCGACAGCAAUGUGACGGUGACGAACGUCUUUCUGUACAACCACCCACUGAAUCCCACUGAGAUGCGUGCAAUCAAGGGAAGGGCACCCGUUUCGACAAGAGGUCCGGAAACCCAAGUGGAGGAUGGAACGGAAAGGAGGCAUAUCCCUCGGAUUGAGGGUGUGCGAGCCAAUGCGCCUGCUGGGAGCGGACUGCUGCAGCUGCUUCUUCUGCUUGGGCUGUGGGGCUUUGCGGCUGCGUGA